CUCUCUACUCGUCAUGCGCACAUCGUUCACUUCCGGACAGCUGACAACAACAGCAGAAAGCCUCACCUGUGCGCGUGUGUUUCCUUCUCUUUCUCUGUGUUUUUUUUCUAUUUGAUGUCUCCCUGUUCACCUGUGGCUCGCUCCCGGGUGUCCUCGUGUCUCUCCAUGCGCGCUGCCGUGUGCGUGACGCUGUUUGUUUGGUUGCUGAGCGACGCGGGGGCUCGUCAGUUCACUGAGCAGGAGAUGGCUGCUGUCAGACAGCGCAUCAAAUCCAUGUUCUACCACGCCUACAACAGUUACCUUGACAACGCUUUCCCCUACGACGAGCUCCGCCCACUCACCUGUGACGGACAGGACACCUGGGGCAGCUUCUCGCUCACUCUGAUCGAUGCUCUCGACACUCUGCUGGUUUUGGGAAACAGCACAGAGUUCCAGCGCGUGGCGUCGCUCCUCCAAGACACCGUGGACUUUGACAUCGACGUCAACGCCUCCGUGUUCGAAACCAACAUCAGAGUGGUGGGUGGUCUGCUGUCAGCUCACCUGUUGGCAGGUCGGGCGGGGAUGGAGCUGGAGCCCGGUUGGCCUUGUUCAGGACCGCUGCUGAGGAUGGCCGAGGACGCUGCCAGGAAGCUGUUGCCUGCGUUCCAGACUCCCACCGGCAUGCCGUACGGUACGGUGAACCUGCUGAACGGCGUCAGCCCCACCGAAACACCCGUCACUUGUACCGCCGGCGUGGGAACCUACAUCCUGGAGUUCGCCACGCUGAGCCGACUAACAGGAGACCCAACGUUUGAGAACGUGGCCCGCCAAGCCCUGAGAGCCCUGUGGAAGACCAGAUCUGACAUCGGGCUGGUGGGGAACCACAUUGACGUCCUGUCUAAGAAGUGGGUGGCUCAGGAUGCCGGUAUCGGAGCGGGGGUGGACUCCUACUUUGAGUAUCUGGUGAAAGGAGCCAUCAUGCUGCAGGACGAGGAGCUGCUCAACAUGUUCCUGGAGUAUGAUCGAGCCAUUCAGAACUACACCCGAUUUGACGACUGGUACCUGUGGGUCCAGAUGCAUAAAGGGACCGUUUCCAUGCCUGUUUUCCAGUCUCUGGAGGCCUUCUGGCCCGGCUUGCAGUCUCUCCUGGGGAACCUGGACAGCGCUGUGAGAACUUUCCAGAACUAUUACUCAGUGUGGAGACAGUUUGGAGGUCUGCCGGAGUUUUACAGCAUCCCUCAGGGUUACACCGUGGACAAGAGAGAGGGAUACCCACUGAGACCAGAGUUGAUAGAGAGCGCCAUGUACCUGUUCAGGGCCACAGGUGACCACACCUACCUCCAGCUAGGCCUCGACGCUCUGGAGUCCAUCGAGAAGAUCACCAAGACGCCCUGCGGAUACGCCAGCGUUAAAGACCUGCGAGACCACCAGCUGGACAACAGGAUGGAGUCCUUCUUUCUGGCUGAAACCAUCAAGUACCUCUACCUGCUCUUUGACCCCGACCACUUCCUGCACGGCGGGGGGACCGAGGGGGACGGGUCCUGGGAGGAGGGUGGCGAGGGGGGGCAGUGUAUUUUAGGGGCGGGGGGGUUCAUCUUCAACACGGAGGCUCACCCUCUCGACCCGGCGGCGCUCUACUGCUGCAGCCGCCACGCCCAGGACCGACAGGAGCUCCGAGACAUCCUGCUCAGCCUGUCGCAGCCCGCGAAAAAGCCAAGCGGCCAAUCAAAGCCGCCCGCCGAACAGAAUGAAGGCCCUCCCCCCGGCCAAUCAGAAAGCAUCACUCUAAAACCAGGCGAGAAGAAGACGCACCCCCUGCUGUCCUGCCCCGUUCAGCCAUUCAGCGCUCGAUUCUCCAUCAUGGGACAAGUUUUCACCGAUAACACCUGACACUCACCUGGUCACACCUGAUAUCAACGUUCUGCCACUGAUUGGAUCACAGCAAGCAUUCCUAUAACAACAUGUCAGCUUUCAGGGAACAAACAUGUUUGAAAAUCACUGUUGUGAGGAUCCAAUUUCCACGCUCCAUAAAGCUGUUUUUGUGUUGUGAUGAAGGCACUCAAGACCCGCGAACCAAGAGCUCAAAUGUGCUGUGUUGACUCUGUUGCUCUAAUUUACACUGAAGCUGAAAUAUAUUUGUAUUUAUUAGAAAUGUUGUGGCGGUUGUGUGAUGUGUCAUAUUGUUUAUUGUCUUCAUACCGAAGAACAAUGGCCGUUGUGAAAAUAAGAUUUUUAUAAAGAUUUAAUCAGAAAAAUCUACAAUUAUCAAACUCCACCCCAAAAGGGCCAAAGGUCCAAAUUUAGGUCAUGUGAUGACGCUGAUGAAGAUCAUGAGAUACAGUCUGUAGCUAGGGUUGGGGGGAAAAAUGGAUUCAUCUAUGUACCACGAUUUUAUUUUACGAUUUUGAAAUAGAUUUUUUAAUGCUAGAAUC